AUGUAUAUGCAUUUGAAUAUUGAUUGCCAGCGAUUGAGGGGUGAAGUGAAAAACCUGGAAAAUAAGAGAAAAGAUGUGCAAUUAUUAGUUGAUGCAGCGAAAAGAAAUGCUCAAGUUAUUGGGUCAGAGGUGGAUGCAUGGCUGCAAAAGGUCGAUGACUUGAAGAAAGUGGCAUGUGAAGUUUUAAAUGGUAGCACAAAUUCUCAAAUGCGGUGCCUCUACCUUAAUUGUCCAAAUUUGAAGUCCCGUUACUCACUGAGCAGGAAAGCUGUGAAAAAGACUGCUGAUAUUGUUGAGCUAAAAGCAGAAGGUGAAUUGAGGGUUGGGCUGGUUGGCUACCCUGCACCACCAGUGCAGAUACCUUACCAAAACCUCCAUGACUUUGAGGGUUUUGAAACAAGGAUAUCGAUUAAGAACAAAAUCAUGGAAGCUUUGAAGGACAAAGAUAUCGGCAUAAUUGGGAUAUAUGGCAUGGCUGGAGUAGGUAAGACGACGAUGGUGAAUGAAAUAGUUGCUCAAGUCAAAGUUGAAAAAUUAUUUGGCGAGGUUGCAAUGGCACUUGUAUCUCAGGAUCAAGACUUGAUAAACGUUCAGGAUCAACUUGCUGAAAUGCUCGGUUUGAAAAUUGAAGAGAAAACAAAUAAAAUUGUGAGAGCUGGACGACUACAUGAAAGACUUGCUGCAGAUGAUGAUAAGAGCAUUCUUGUAGUAUUGGACGAUGUCUGGAAAGAAAUUGAUUUGACAUCUAUAGGAAUUCCUCCAGAAGGCGAUGAUAAGAGAAAGGGGUUGAAAAUUUUGUUUACAUCACGAAAUUAUAAUGUGUGGAGGAACAUGGGCCCCAAAACAAAAUUCGAAGUUAAUGUUUUGACUGAAGGAGAAGGACUUGAACUUUUCAAGCAUGCCGCAGACAUUUCUGAUGAUACAACUGAUGUUCUGAAAGGCUUAGCAGAACAAAUUGCAAAUGAGUGUGGAGGCUUACCGCUUGCACUCGUGGCCAUUGGCGAAACACUCGGAAAUAGAGAGGAACAUGCAUGGAGGAAUGCACUAGAAGAACUACGAAGUUCUAGAGUCACCAAUGUCACAAAUGAAAACAAUUUGGUGUACUCAGCGAUAGAGCUCAGUUACAAAUAUCUGCAGAGUGAUGAAGCCAAGUUAUUGCUUUUGCUAUGCUCUCUGUUCGCUGAAGAUCAAAGUAUUUCAAUUGAAAGAUUGGUUAUAUAUGCAAAGGGGCUGUUUAAAAAUACCACGUCUUUAUCAAAAACAAGAGAUAAGGUAAAAACAAUUGUGGAUAAGCUGAAAAGUUGUUAUUUGUUACUAUCAGGUAAAGAGGAGGAGGACGUGAAAUUGCAUGAUGUUGUAAGAGAUGUUUGCUUAUCAAUUGCAUCUAAAGGCGAACAUGUAUUUAUGGUGAGACAUGCUGGUGUAACAGAGUGGCCAGAACAAGACACCGAUGAGUUGUACACUGCGAUGUCACUGACAUUUAAUGGGAUGCAUCAGUUUCCCAGUGGGUUAAAAUGUGGGAACCUCAAGCUGUUACGAGUGCGAUGCCAGAGGAGUUCGAGUGGACCAAACAUGACAUCCACAGAUUUUUUUGAAGAUAUGAAGGAACUCAGAAUUCUUGAUUUCAUUGGGAUGAGCAUUCCAAUUCCAUCCUCAAUUCAAUUGUUGACCGAACUUCGAACUUUGUGCUUGGACAGCUGUGAAAUAAAUUUUGAUCUAUCAAUGAUUGGGAGUCUAAAGAAGUUGGAAAUUCUCACUUUUUUUGAUUCCUCUAUUUACGUUCGUUUUCCUAGCGAAAUGGCACAACUUGGCAACCUAAGGUCACUGGAUUUGAGGAUUCAGAAAGGCUCCCAUACACUACCACCUGGUGUUUUCUCGGGUAUGAAGAAAUUGGAAGAGUUGUACUUGGGAGAUUACUUUCAAACGAGAGAUGAAGAACGAAUGCACAUUAUUGAAGAGGUAAGUUCAUUGACUUCUCUUAACACUUUCCAAAUUUCCACAGAUGACUCUCAGUUUCUGAUGCAAUUAAUACAAGCGCUGUGCCUUGAGAAGCUGGAAAGAUUUCAAGUCAUCAGAACUAAAGAAAAAGCACCCAAUACUAAAGAUUAUCAUGUCACAAGGAGUUUGCAUCUCCUAGAUGAUAUCGAUGCAAGUAUGCUUUUGGAACCUGGACUUAAAUCAUUAAUGAGGAGAACGGACCAUCUUUUUAUUGAAGAAGCUAAGGUUUGGAAGAAUCUUUCCAAUGAGUUCCAUGAACAUGGUUUCAUUAACUUGAAGACGCUGAAACUAUUAAGUUGUGAUUUUGAGUAUCUUAUUGAUGCCACGAUCUCCAUUCCUACCGGCAUGUUCGUUAAAUUGGAACUUCUGGAAUUGGAAGGUUUACAUAAUCUGAUAGAGAUAUGCAAUGGACAUGUCCCAAUGAAACAUUUGUUGGGGCAUAUCUCCAAACCCUCAUCUUUCUCUAACCUUGUGACUCUUAAAAUAGAUGAUUGUGAUGCAAUUAGAAACCUCUUUCGGGAGUCAGUUGCAAAAUGCAUGGGUAAUCUCCAAAUUCUGUGUAUAUCUCGGUGUGAGAUGUUAAAGGAAGUUGUUUCACCCGACACAGAACAAAAUGAAGUUACGGAUAUGCUUGAGUUCCCAAAACUAAGAGAAAUCAUGCUUCGGAGUUUAAAAAGUUUUAAAAGCUUUAGAUCUGAAUCAAACAAGGUCGGUGCCAUGCUCACAUUGUUCAACCAGGUUAUGUUCCCUAACAUGAAGGUGUUAGAGAUCGAGGAGUUGGAUACAGUGAAGAUAGUGGAUGAGGAAAUGCAUAUAAGAUCUCUAUAUAAACUAAGUGACGUGACUGUGAGAUACUGUGAUAAUCUGUUGACCUUUGCACAAUCUGAUUCAAUCAAACUACUACAAAAUCUCAAAAGAUUGCAAGUACGUUCAUGUAAAGCAGUGGAAGUAUUGUUUGACAUUGAGGGCCUAAAGAUUGAUAAAGAUGAGGCAGAAAUUAGUAUACUUGAUCGGUUAUAUUCAUUGAGGCUGGAUUCUCUACCUUCAUUAUUGCAUAUUACGAGAAUGGUUGCUAAAGGAAUUUGUGUCUUCCAGAAUUUGACAUCAAUUGAUAUUUCAGAAUGUGACAGCUUAAGGUACUUAUUCUCACCUUCAGUGGCCAAAUCACUCGUGGCUCUGCAAAGUCUAUGGGUGAAUAAAUGUGAAGCAUUGGAAGGGAUUAUUGGAGGAGACGAUGAGACUACGGAGUCUAAAAUGCUUGAGUUCCCAAGACUGAAUCAUCUCACCCUGGUGUUUGUAAGAAAUUUCAAGAGCUUCAAAUGUAAAUCAAACUGUGUUGGUGUUCCCCAAACAUUGUUCAACCAGGUAUGUAUACUUUCAUAUAUGCAUGAGCAAUCGGCCAUAUUAAUUUUUUUGAAAGAUGCUUAG